CGCUCCCGGACCUGUGGCACUGAGCAACUGCCCGGGGUUGCCGAGUUCGCCGCCUCCUUCAAAAGCCCCAUUACAAGUUCUCCUCCCAAGUGGAUGGCUGAAUUAGAAAACGAUGAUAUUGAUAUGUUGAAGGAGUUGGGGAGCCUCACUACAGCUAAUCUGAUGGAAAAAGUUCGUGGCCUGCAGAACUUGGCUUAUCAGCUGGGACUAGAUGAAUCUAGAGAAAUGACUCGAGGGAAAUUCCUGAACAUCCUAGAGAAACCCAAAAAGUAGCUGCUGCAUCUAGUGUUUGGACGAAAAUACGCCAACUAGGUCAUUUUAUGUACUGCGGAUACAGAUGAAGCCCAGAACUUCUAAGAAGAAAAAAGCUCUUGCUCUAGACCUUCAGAAGCAAACAUCUAUUUUUGCUUCCACAGCUCAUCUCUUUAUGGGGGAAAACGUACGGCAUACACAGGUCACAAGGACUGCGGAUGGUUGUGUUGGAAUUUGGACUUAUCUGACCAUAGAAUGUCCAACCUGACUGCUGUGACACAGUUACCUGUUUUAAUCAGCUGUUCCAAGUGAACAACUAGUGUCUUUGUUCAGCUGCUCUCAGGGGCAGCCCCUGUUUGAAGUACACACCAGAUGGCUGGUGUGCAUCGUGAGGCAUUGACCCUUUUGUGUGUCUUUUGUAUCAGAUGCAUUGAUUUCCUGUGUGUGACUUCUGUGCUAAAGGGUUUGAGCAUAGUUUGGGGUGUGGAUUAACCAAUACUGGUUCAGCAGGAGCAUAUGCUUUUAGUGUAGAAGCCGAGUGCAGUCUCUGCAUUAGAUUCCAGUUACUCACUGCCUUCAGAGAAGCAUGUCUGGUACUCCAAGGCAGACCUCCAAGCCAGGAGCUUCAUUUCCCGGCUGAACGGUUCUCUAGUGAAACUGAGACUGACAGACCACUGGAAGCCGUGUUACUGUGCCAUGAAGGAAAAUAUUCUCACAGAAGCUUUGCCCAGCACACAAAGAAACAGCUUUGUCAGUCCACUGCAAUUCUCUGCUUCUUAUGGAGCUAGAAACUGGAAAGAGUUACAAAGUUGAAAGGUGCUAAUAUUUUCAGUUAGCACUCUGAGAAAUGGCAACAAGAUUUUUAGCCACAUUGCAAGGAUGGUCUGCCUAUACAGACUCUUAGCAUUUCUGAAAUAACAUUUUGUGGUAUCUUUAAUUACUUAUAGGCCAGCACCUCAAAAUGUUCUUCUCCUACAGAAUUUUUAAGACAAAUUUCUGUGACCUGGUCCCUUUCAGCACACUGUUUUUGGCUUUAUUCAUCUUACAGUUUAAUGCCUUUUCCUUCUGUUCAUGCACUUUUACGUGUUCACCCCUUAGAAGAGGUAAAGAGCAUGUUCAGACUGUUUUAUUUAAGAGAAUAAUUUCUUUUGUUUCAUCCUCUUUCCUUUUCCUAGAAAACAACAUUUUAAGCAUUAGUAAAUAUGUUCUUUUAGGGUACAAUAUAAUGUGGAAACACUGGGUGAAGAGCAGGGUUUUUUCUCUAUUUUGAAAUGUUAUUUUUAUCAUGCAGGCUUUUCAAAAUUUGUCAUUUCUCAGUAGUCACAUAUGAGAAGAGAAAUUACUUGGAAAUAGUGCAUGUAAUAGGCUGUCCUUAGAGCCCUGCAUUUUUCUGGGUUUGCAGGGAGAGGAGACUCUUUUCAGGUGCAUGUGCAAUAAAGAGAGAGAGAUUUUUUAAAUCAAAUAGACUUCUGUGAGUUUUUACUAAAUUGCUGAUGACCCUUUGGUUUGCUGUCUGUGGUCUUGGUUAUUGCCAGUCAGAACUGGGCUUAUUUUGGACAGCUCCUGUUAACUAAGUUUAAGUAGUUAGAUCCCACAUGCUGGAAAGACCUGCACAAAUACUGAAUAUUUAGGAAUGUCAGGAGUCUGAUUUUAAAGUUAACAGAGUUAUUCCUGUGCUUCACAAUUUAUGCAGGGCUGAGCUGAACAGAAACUCCUUCCCUUGAGAAUAUGAGAGUUAAGUCAAAUGAAUGAGAAGCUGAAAGUGGUAGUUCAGAAACAGAAAAAAACCUGAUGGUUCAAACUGAUGUUGAUGUAUCUUUAAGCAUUGAAUUAUAAUACAUUUUGAAUGCAAAUUUAAGUUUGUAUACUAUACAUAUAAUAUAUUUAGGAUGACAUAAUGAGAUACUUCAUCUGUAUCACCAAUAUGAAUUUGUGCAUUUUAUAGAGGUUUGUUGGUCCAACACAUUAAUUGAGAUCUGAAAGGAGAAUAUAUGGAAGCCUGUUAUGGAAGUAUAUGUAUAUUUUCUGAUAUGUGCUGUAAGGAAUUUCAAACUUUAGGUAGUUUUUAGUAACAUACAUAUGUUCUUAAAAA